AUGGAUUUGGUUUCUGAUUUUCCAACUUCUAGUGCCAUUUCAUUAGCUUUCUUUUCAAUAUUCUUCUUUUUCUAUCUUUAUUAUAGAUCUUCUAAAGUUUCUAAUACCAAAGAGGCUCCUAUAGUUCAAGGGGCAUGGCCAAUAAUUGGUCACCUCCCACUUUUGAGGGCUUCAAAAGGAAUACCUCAUAAAAUCUUAGGUCAAUUGGCAACCACUUAUGGACCCUUAUUUUCCAUUAAGCUUGGUUCCAAACGUGCUUUGGUAUUAAGUAAUUGGGAAAUGGCUAAGGAAUGUUUCACCAAAAAUGAUUUGGCAAUUUCUAGUCGCCCUAUACUUGAAUCAACCCAACAUAUGGCUUACAAUGGAGCCAUGUUUACUCUAGCACCCUAUGGUCCUUUUUGGCGCCAAGUACGUAAAAUUACAACUUUAGAGAUCCUCAGCCAUCGACGUUUGGGGCAACUACAACAUUUCCGUGUCAUGGAAGUUCGCCGUUCGAUCAAAGAGCUCUACAAUGGUUGGUGUAGUAAAGAAAACAAGCCAUUAGAUUAUGUGUUGGUGGAGAUGAAACAAUGGUUUGGCCAAUUAAGUUCCAACAUUGUUCUUCCCAUGUUGAUUGGGAAGCGAUAUUUCGGUGCUACAAGUGUAAUAGACAAGGAAAAAGCACAAAAAUGUAUACAAACUUUGAAUGAGAUGCUGCAUUUGGUUGGUGUGUUCACUGUGGGAGAUGCUAUUCCAUUUUUGAAACGGUUUGAUUUUGGUGGCCAUGUGAAGGCCAUGAAAAAAGCUUCUAAGGAGAUGGACAAGAUCUUGCGUGAAUUAUUAGAGGAGCAUCGCAACGAUAACAAGACUUUGAGUGAGAAGGACGAUGUUGAUCCCGAUCAUCAAGAUUUCAUGGAUGUGAUGCUUUCAUUGCUUGAUGGAACGACCGUUGAAGGAUUUGAUUCUGAUACCACAAUCAAAGGCACAAUAUUGGCAUUGAUUGCGGGAGGAGUUGACACUACUAGUGCUACUCUUACAUGGGCCAUAUGUUUGUUACUAAAAAAUCCUCAUGUAAUGAAGAAAGCAAAACAAGAACUUGACAUUCAAGUUGGAAAAGAGAGGUGUGUACAAGUCUCUGAUAUAGACAAUUUGGUAUACAUUCAAAGUAUAGUCAAAGAGACAUUAAGAUUAUAUCCACCAGUUCCACUCUCAGUACCUCGUGAAUUUUCAGAAGAUUGCAAUUUAGGAGGAAACGUAAUCAAAAAAGGAACUCGACUUAUCUUGAAUCUUUGGAAGAUCCACACGGAUCCUAAGGUUUGGUUAGAUCCAUUAGAGUUCAAACCGGAACGAUUUCUUACCACUCAUAAAGACAUUGACGUUAAGGGUCACAACUUUGAGUUAUUACCAUUUGGAAGUGGUAGAAGAAUUUGUCCUGGAAUAUCAUUGGGUCUUCAAAUGGUAAAUUUAACCUUAGCAAGUUUUUUGCACUCAUUUGAAAUCUCAAAUCCUUCAAGUGAACCUAUUGAUAUGACUGAAGCUUUUGGAGUAACCAAUACUAAAGCAAAUCCGCUUGAAAUCCAUAUUAAGCCUUGUUUGUCUUCUAAUUAUUAUGAAAAUAUGUGA